UUUGUUCUGGCGCCAUCUCCUGGAACCUUUUUAUCUUCGGUCCUCCAACACAGAAGAAGAGAGUUCACGGUAACCAGGCAACGCACCAACGCUAACAAACUGGCUGUCUGGAAAGAAACUCACUUUAUAAACGCAUCAUCACAACUAUGUCCUAUACUACUGAUAACAACUCCAAGCCCAAAUCCAUGAGAAGAGCCAAAGGAUGGACGGCAGAGGUGGAAAACCUAUUCAGGUUCCAGCAGGCUGGCUACAGAGACGAAAUGGAGUACAUACAAGUCAAACAAGGGGCCAUGAUUGACAAAUGGCCAGAGACUGGCUAUGUGAAGAAGCUCCAACGUCGAGACAACACAUUUUAUUACUACAGCAGGAAAAGGGAGUGUGAGGACUGUGAUCUCAACAAAGUCAAAGUUUAUGCGUAUUAAGUUGUUCUGGACUCCAUCCAUUUAUCAUUGUGAUAAUAUAACGGUAUAGCCUGUCAACACACAGUAGUGUCACUAUAAGGUGAUUUAUCUGUUUUGUUUUCAAUAAAGGGAUUUUUAAAUUGUA